AUGGUCGGCCAAACCGUCAUAGGUGGAGGUCGAUUCCAGCUUUUCGUUGCAUUUAUGACGUUUCCACAUUUCAGCCAACGACCUCCGCAGUUCAUUGAUACCCUCCCACACCGCGGCGCCAUGUGCGGGCUCACUCUCACAAUAUCUAGUCUGGCACAAUCAGCUGAGCCAAGCAACGCCGCUCUUGUUCGUUCACUGCACGCUGCCAACAGUGCACGAGGUCCAAACAGUCAAGGGCUGUAUACGAGGCGCUUGGAUACCCCGGCCGGCGACGUUUUGGUAUCCCUCUCCGCCAGCGUGCUCGGCCUGCGCGGAGAAGGCGUGACGGCUCAGCCUCUGGUUGGCAAGCGAGGAGUUCUGGGUUGGAACGGUCAAGUGUUCGACGGUCUUGACAUUGGCCCCCGUGAUAACGACACACGAGCGAUCUUUGAGAAGCUGGAAGCCGGCGAGUCACCAGCAGAGGUGCUGCAAGAGAUCGAAGGCCCCUUCGCUUUCAUUUACCUCAGCUUCGAAACCAAUGUCGUACACUUUGCGCUCGACCCACUGUCCCGCCGCUCUCUUCUUAUCCACGUUCCUGAACCGGGAUCCUCGUGCCAGACCUUGAUCCUAACCUCCUCUCGAAGCGCUGAGGGUCGUCGUCAAGGUGUGCCAAUGAGGGCACUUAACGGCGGCGAGGGAGGAUCGGUGGACCUGUCCAAGCUGUCACGGGGCGACUGUGUGGGCAUCGAUUUUGAGCAGGCAGUUCACCUUGUUUCCCAACCGGUGCGUACGACCUGUCUGGACUGGGAGAGCGUGCGGCUCACCAAACAGCAUCGUGUCGCGACCGUGAAUACAAGCGAGGCCCCGUCAACCAGUCUCGGCGCGGAGCCUGCCUUGGCCGAGUGCAAUACCUUCGUCAAGAACUUGUUGGGCAGCGUCCGACGACGCGUAGAGAACAUCCCUCCACCCCUACCAGGUACAAGUACCGCAAGAGUCGCGCUGCUUUUCUCGGGCGGAGUUGAUUGCACCUUGCUCGCCUCUCUGGUCCAUCAAUGCGUCCCUAUCGAUGAACCCAUUGAGCUCAUCAACGUUGCCUUCGAGGGGCCACAGAAGGAGGUUCAUCGAUCUGCCCGACAGCAGCCUCCAAAGAUCGCUACGUACAAUGUCCCCGACCGUGUGUCUGGGCGCGAGGCUGUAAUGGAGCUGCAAGCCUCCUGCCCAGGUCGACACUUUCAGUUUGUCGAGGUGAAUGUCACAAUCGAGGAAAGCCGUAGCCAUAGGCAAUCGAUCGUGGAUGUCAUGUACCCGAGCAACACUGGUGUGUAG